GUUUUGAAGGCGACCGCGACAAGUGGCGCUACAACAAAACGUGUUCUACCGAAGUGGAUGGUCGAAGAUGCGAACGCUCCACCAAGUCCUGCUGAGGGAGAUGGUGAAGUGCCCCCCAGUACACAGACAGCACCUGGUCGAGGCCGCGGUCGUGGUCGUGGAGGGAGGACACGCGGUGGAUCUGCGAAAUCGACACCUGUCAAAGCUGCGGAAACUCUGCAAGCACCUCAACAACAACCCGAGUCUCUUGCUGCAUCGCGUCCACGGCGUUCCACUCGUUCAACAGUUGAUUACGCACAUCCAGAUGUUGCAACUGUGGUGGCUGAACAAGAAGAUCUUGAAAAUGAGUUACAACAAAAAGUGUCACGCAAUCGUGGCAAGGGCCGUGGACGUGCUCGUGGAAGG